GUUCCUGUCAAUAUUGGGUCAUGUGAAAAAUGUCUAAUGUUGUUCAAGGUACAGGCAAAAUAUGGUGCAGAUUAUUUGACCAUAAAGCAUUUAUCGGUGGCGAAAUAACGUUUACGUUGCAAGAAUUUGAGGAAAAGCGUGGGGAAACUGAAGUGGACAGUCUUUUUAAUAUCAUAGAACAUAUCGCGGAUAUAAAAGAUUCCCAAAUCGAUAGAGUUAAAGAAGCAAUUAAUGACACAUUACCAUUGUCGUUGAAAGAUUUGGACGAGGCCCUCAAUUAUUGUUCAAAAUUUAGUGAAUUGGAGGAAUAUUAUAAAGAAGUAAGUUUUCUAUAA